AAAAAAAAAAUAAGAAAAUAAAAUGGCGAUCUUUGCGUGCUGUAAAUCUUCGUUCGGUGCGACUGUGGACGAAAUUUUCGACUGAAAGCAACCCCCGGGAGCCCGUUUUGGCUGUGCGUACGGGUGCAUAAGGACCAGGUGCGACCGGAACCGCUGGAGUUUGCCGCGUAACGGGACCAGCGGCCGCACCGGAAGCGGAAAAUAGACAUCCAUCCGCGGUGAAACUCUCUGCUCGCGCUCGCGGGACUAAAAAGUGGGAAAGUUUUUUUUCGAGAUUUUUGCUGACGAGAGAAGGAAUUUUUUUUCGACGUCGUCGUCGUCGUUGCCGUGUGUGUGAGAGUGACGGGGUGCCAAGAGUGAGGGGCCUUGAGAGCGGUGAACGACGGUGUUCCUUUGGUGUGUGCGGUGUCGAACUUGGCCAACGGAAUCGACGGCAAGCCGGAACCGUCUAGCACGGCAAGUGUUUUGAUCUUCCUCGGGCAGGGGUGAUUCAUUACGGACCGGAAAUUUCCGGUUGCUUUCUGACGUUUUCUGUGGCGCGUCUGUGCUCUACCACUAUUUGUGCCGGAAUUGCUCCUUCCGAGUGGGGAGCAGGAGGAGAAGGACAGAAGCGGAUUUGAAGCGAGACUCGGCGAAACGGGACUUUGUUUUGGACUUUUGUUAUUUUCGGGCAAGAAAGUGAGUGUGUGCGUGAGCGAACACAAAUCACACAAGGAUUUGUUGACUUCCGGAAGGUGUUUAUACUGUGUAGAGUAACAGGAAGUGGUUCCCGACGGAUUUAGUGGCCAAGGAAUUGUUUUGCACGAGUUCCUGACUGGUGCCUGUGCAGCUUUCCUCGGUGCCCCUAAAACAAACAUCUCAAAAUGCAACAAGAUGCACUUGUUGGUGGGCACGUCGAUAUUACAGAAGCAGCAUCCAGCAGGCUACCAGCAGCAGCCGUGGUAGCCUCCGUCACAUCCUACAACCGGGAUCUACGUGGGUGGUGGUGGUUGUGGUGCCAACAGUAGCAACCCCGUUCCCCACUCCUCCCGGGUGGAGCAUUUUGGGUUUAAAAUAUUGCGAAAAGACUCACAUUGAAGUGAGGCAAAAAGAGGAAGCAAACCAAAACUACUUCCACUGUACGGUGUCACUGCGAGGAAGAGAGGGCGGUUGCGGUAGUAGUAGUAGUGCCUGUGAUAGUGUUUGUGUGUGUUUGUGUGUUUCGUCUGUGUGAGGGUGCAGUAAGGUGCAUCCCGCGCGAGGGGCCAGAAAUUGAAAUAAAAAAAAAGUUAAUCCCCGUGUGUAGUUGGGAGAAACAACAAGAAGAAGAAGAAGCAAAAAAGGCAGAGAAAAAUUGCUGGAACAGGAAAAAUACAGUUCCUCAACUCUUGUUAAGCUGCAAAAUAAACAAUCAAACUAGCGAGAGCAGAAGGAAGAGCUCUCCGUCAUUGCGGCCGUCGUGUGCUCGCAGUGGAGUAUGAUAAUCAAGAACGGAAAGACUCGCUUUCCGUUGUAAUAUGUAGUGCAAGAUGAGCAAUGAAAAGUAGCAAGAACCUGUACUCGUUCAGCUCGGUAGCAGGUACUUUGGGAGCAGCAGCAGCAGCAGGAACAGGACCAUCAUCAUCAUCAUCAUUCUCGUCGUCGUCGUCGUCAGGAUCGUCGAUUGGUGGAUCGGCAACGUCGUCGUCGUCUCUGUCCUCUACGUCGCUGCAGUCGACGAGAGGCGGAGGUCGUGGUUUGGAUAUGAAAAAAUCGCAGAAACCAAGGCACGAUGAGCAGGACAGGAUGGAGCGGAGGGAGCGCGACAAGCAGCAACGAGCAUUUCUACAGGCCGAACGUGACGCAGAACCAGCAGCCCCGAUAUUCGCCGCGCCGGUUAAAGUGCUUAGUCCAUCGGACACGGACCUGCAGAUUGUGGCCAAGCUCGGCAACUAUGACAUGGCCAAGAAUCUCUACCUGUACGACUCGUCGGGACACAACCUGGUGGUGGGAAUCGCGAACCCCGGGACCCCGCGGUCCGGCAUGCCUGCCUCGCCGAUGCCAAAUAGCCUCAGCAUGGCCAGCUCGCUGACACUGCCACCGACGUCGUCGUCGUCUUCGCAGCAGCAGCAGCAGCAGUACAUCCGAACGCUUCCGCCAAAAACCAAUAGCAAUAGUAGCAGUAGUAAUAGUAAUAGCAAAAGUUCCGGCAGCAGCAGCAGCAGCAAUGCCAACUUCGUCAAACCAAUGGACAACCGGCCGAUGUACAACGGCGCAGGUCGGACGUCUUCGGGGAACAGCAGCAGUAGUAGUGGCCGGCACCACAACCAGAUGUCGUCAUCGGUGGCGGGAUCGUUUCCUAAGCAUGAGGUGCACUCAAAAAACUCCCUGAUGAACGGCGUCCGGACGAGCGGAACCGCCGGUGAUAAGUUACCCUCGCAGCUGCCAAACGGACGUCUGCCUCCUCAGGUGUCAAACGCAAAAUUGCCCCCUAGAGUAAGUACCACAAGUGAUAGCAUGCUGACGCCGAUGAAGACGGAGCGCAUCCUGAGCGAGAUCAAGACCAUGUUCAGCGUGGGCACGCCGCUGACGGAGAUUGGCGCGACGCCGCGCAAGGAGCCGGACAACAAAUUCUGCCUUAACAAUCCGGGCGUACCGAAGCACAAGUACGCACCGGCGCCCACGAUGCGGCCACCGUCGUCGUUCAAGACGCCACUGGACUCAAUUCCUUCUAUGCUCAAACCUAUCGGUCCGCUGGAGGAUGACGCGCACGGGUCGGACAGCGACGGCGGUGACUCCAGUAAGAAUAAACGCAACUCCAGUGAUACCUCAUCGAAUGAAAGCGCGGGCGAAUCGUCCAGCGAGGACUCCAACAUUGGGCACAAGGCCGGUGGUGCGGGCGGACUCGGUGCCAGCGGGAGCAGUAGUGGCAUCGGCAGCAGUCUGUCCGGCAGCACCGGCGGUGGUGGUGGCUCGGGUGGACCCGGUAGUGGCGGCAGUGAACCGACGGCGUCCGGAAGUCCACCGCAGCGGCUAAUGAACUGGAGUCUGAUGAACUUUCUGCCGCCUCCGGUGCUGAACGAGACGAGCAGCAGUCACUCGCAGUCGGCCAACAAUCCCGGUUCGGUUGGGUCGAACCAUAACAUGAACGAAAAUUCCAACUCACCGCUGAUGCCUGGGUCACCGCCGACAACGGCGACGGCGACGAUCAUUAAAAAUGAACCGCCGACCAUGGAGGAUGACCACCUUUCCAACAGUAGCAGUAACAACGAGAACGCGUUUGCCGUCAAGCAGGAACCUUUCCCCAGCGAGAACAGCACGUCCUCUCCGAGUGCCGCAGGAAUUCCAACGACCACGCCCAGUUCAGCACUUCCCGGUCUGAACGGUGGCUGCACGGAAGAUUUCACCAAACAUGAUCUCGAACACCUGCCCGGGCUGGUGAAAAGUCCCGAGAAGCCCGCCGAAAAGGACUCCAACGAUCAGAUGGAUAGCAUCGAAUCGGACGAGGUCAGUCGGGCGCUGCUCAAAGCCAAGGAGCUGCGAAACAUUCAACCACUGUCGGGCAUUUCCGACAUUGACGACAAUAAUGUGGAGCCCAGCGGAGGAGCGGGGCUGGUCAGUGCGGGCAGUACCACCCUGUCACGAUCCGGCCAGAAAGUGAAACGAAAGCGGAAGACACUCAAGGACCGCGACCGGGACGCGUCCAGCAGCAGUGACGAUGCCGGCUUUUCAUCUUUCGAAAAGGACAAAAUCACCAAAGGUCGGGGGCGUCCCCGGAAGAACCCACCGGCGGCAGGUUCCAUCAAGGGCUCUUCCAGCACAAGGCAAUCGGACGCGGACUCGGUCACCAGCAGUGCCAGCAAGCGGAGACUCUCCGUUUCCUCAAGCAAAACUGUUGCCUCAACGCCCAGCAAAAAGGACGGACCAACGACGCCCGCCAAAAAGCAGACAGGCUCGCGGAAAAGGCCCGCCCGUGCCCCCACGAAACCCACCAUCAGCCGGGAGAUGCUCACGACGACGGACGACUCGGACUCGGAGAACGCACGCGACAGCAAUGUGGCCAACAGCGAGCUGGACGACAAACCGGCCAAGAGUUCGCAAAAGUCCAAAAAGGGAACGCCGAAAGCGCCCGCCUCCGAGGUGGACCAGCUGUCGUCGGAUAGCAAUGAAGAGAUCUUGAACCGGAGGACGCCGCCACCGCUGAUGUCACCGCCUUUUGCUCCACUUUCCAGUGGCACCAACAGCCAGCCAUCGUCGGUGUCGAAGGUGCUGCCACGCAAAAUCUCCACCGCGUCCUCGGUUUCUAUCGACGAAGACGAUCGGUCCGAUCGGGACGAUGACGACGAAGACGACGACGAUGACGAUGACGACCAUCGGAACGGGUCGGCUAGUGAUUCCGGAAGUGCCAGCGACGGAGGUGUCAAGAGGGAGAAGAAGAUCAACAAAAUCAAAAGUGAUAAAAACAAGAAGGACACCCUGCGCAAGCUGUUCUCCAUCAAGGCCGCUGAGGGUGGUGCCAAGGGCGGCAAGGGUGGCAAGGGCAAAGGCAAGGGUCAGGUCGUUAUCGAGGAGGUGCAUCACACGAAGGCUUCCUCCAUUCAGACAACGGUGAAUACCACGCCAAAUUCUAAAUCCCAGCAUCACCUGAACGUGCCAGCGACCGAUCGGAAUGCCAGCCUAACGUCUCCACCCCCCCCACAUACCGCACCGUCGAUCGUGGAAAAAGUGCUUUUAUCUCCCGCCAGAACUGCCUUAACCAACAUCUCCCUGAUGUGUCGCAUCGAACUGAGUCGACUGCUGAAGGUUCCUCCACAGCCGCCGGCAGGUGCCAAGCUGGCCAAGGCCAACGAAAGCUACAGUGCCCAACGCAGUGCCUCCGCUCGACAAAAGAGCACCAGCCCGUACGAGCUGAAGACGCGGCGCAACUCCAUUGCCUAUUGCGACGAACGUCGACGGGUGGAUGUGCCAGCAACCACCACCACCAACUACAGACUGACCGAGGGGCUCGACCCCAAACAACUGCUGGCCGGUGAUUCGGCCCUCCUGCUCGAGAACGGCCGCCAUCGGAGCAACUCCAUCAACAGCAACGCGAGCGAACACCUGUCACGGGAACGAAGCUCGCGGGACUUCCGAGAAACGUCCUCCCCCUCGAUACCACCUCAUCUACAUCACAACAGCAAUCACAACACCUCCACCUCGUCACUUUCCUCCGGGUCCGGUUCGGCCCAGAAGCAAUCCUCCUCAGUCUCCUCCGCCAAGCAACAUCUCACGUACGACGAAAAGUUACCUGCCAAAAGCGAAAAGCUCCAGUACGGCACCACCACCCCCAACUACCCCCUCAAGGAGGAAAAGUACGGCAAAGCGCUCAACAUCAAGCACGAGGGCCUCAUCAAGCAGGAGUACCUGGACGGCGAGGAUAGCAAACUUUCGCCAGCGGCGCUCUCCAAGCUGACCAACGGUCCGUCGCAGUCGGCGCAAAGCGCUGACACAAGCAACACCAACAGCAGCAGCAGACGGAAGCGAACCUCCAGUUCGAGCAGUAGCUCGCACAAGGAGAAACGCCGGAAAAAGGACAAAAGCGGUGGCAGUGCUGCAGCAGCAGGUGCCGCCACCGCCAGUAACGCACAGACUGAAUCCCUUGACCAAAUGCCCCCGACCAAUCACGACCGGUUAGGCGGCGUGGACCAACAAAAUACCCAAGGACAUCUACCACCUGCCUCGACCACCAACACCAACACCAUCACCUCAAACAGCACCAAGCAGCAACUGUCGGAACCGACGGAAUCCGCGACAACGACAGCCGGGGCCGCUCCCACCACCCAAACCAUCAUCAAGAAGAUCCACGUGUCGUACUUUGAGCGCUCGAACGAGGACGAGCUGGAGGUGCGCGACCAGAAUCGGUACCUGUCGGAGGCAAAGCGGCUCAAGCACGCGGCGGACCGCGAGGGCGACCACCUGGCCCAGGCGAUGCUGUACCUGGAGGCGGUGCUGUUUUUCCUGCUGACCGGCGACACGAUGGAGCGCGAUCCGAUCACCGAGAAGGCCGCGUUCACGAUGUACAAGGACACGCUCAGUUUGAUCAAGUACAUCUCGUCAAAGUUUCGUAGCCAGCAGCAGCAUCUCACUGUGCAGGGGAAUAUUCACAGCAAGGUGGCGAUAUUGAGCUUGCGGUGCCAGUCGUUGAUCUACCUGAAGCUGUACAAGAUGCGCCGGCACGACAUCAAGGAGGUGCAGCGCAUCAUCGCCGAGUACAACCAGAAGCCGAACACCACGGUGUCGGCGGACAUGGUCAACGGGAACACGCCGUCGCCGCUGUCGCCCACCUCGGUGGGGUCGCAGAGCUCCGGCUACUGCUCAGGUCAAACCGGUCCGAUUCCGGGUUCGUCGAUAAGUUCUUCCCCGUCGCCGUGCCUGCUGAUGCCGGUGCAUGUUCACAUGGCGUUUCAAAAGCAGGCAACCCUGUUUAACCACCUGCUAAACUGUCAGGAUCUGUGGGAACAGGCGGACAACCUGGUGAUACGGGGCAACCAUACAGAUUUCUUCAUUGAUCUGGACCACGAGAACGGUCCGAUGACGCUGCACAGUUCGCUGUACAACGUGGUCAAGUACGUGCAGGCCGGCAUCCAGAAGUUGCGGCGCAAAACGCUGCAGGACUGAGUCGGGAACGCUCUCGCGAGCUGCUGGUAGAGAGCGAGCGUGGUGGCAACCAAAAGGACUGAAAGAUACAAAACAAAGAUUUUUUUUGAAUCGUGGCGGCGGUCGCUUAGCGGAACCAAGUUCCAGGCGUGGCCGUUACUGACAAUAAGGCGAGCAACGGCUAUCGGAGGUACUCACCGGAUUGUGGAGGACUCUCAUCUAGAUGUGUAGUGUCUGUGUAGAUUUUACUCAGUUUUUUUUUCUGUAUUUGUACAUUGGGAUGGGCAAAGUUACACUUUUUUGUACAUUUUUUUUUUGCGGGUGCUGUUUAGUAGAUAGGAUAUCAUUUAUUACAAAUUCCUAUUUUUAGCAGCGCACGCGUGCGUACUGGUGAAACCAAUUUCAGCCUGCAGUGUACGACUCUAUUAGGCUUCUGAUAUUGUACUAUUUCUUGACAACAAUAAACGAUCCCUUUCGCCGGGUUCUUGCUCGAGCGAAGUGGGAAGAUUAUGUUCUCGUUGAGCCGUGGACGACUCAA